AAGAAUGUGAACCUUCGCUUUAUGGUGAAGACAAGAGAAAAUGACUCACCUGUUUGGUUCGCUCAGGAUGCCAGCGGUGGAAUCUGGAAGCUGGACUUGUCCUUCUCAAAUAUAACUCAGGACCCCGAACAGCUUUUCUCCUUUCAUUCCGGGAAGAUUAACGCUUUAGAUGCCUCUCCCUCCACCUACCUCAUGGCAACGACAUCUUCAGACCGGUCGGUGAGAAUUUAUGAUUUUGCCGGGAAGCUUCCAUUAGUGGAGAUGAAGUUCAAACAAGGAGGAACAUCGCUGAUCUGGGCCCCCCGCAUGGUGAACCCUAAAGGAGGACUAUUUGCGAUGGGAUUCCAGGAUGGAGUCAUCCGUAUCUUGGAGGUCUAUAACUCCUCCGGGAUGAGACUCCUGGCCGGACGCAGUGGCUCUCAGGAUGCUGCCAUUGGUCUAAAACAAGCGUUCAAACCUCACGAGGCCUCCGUCACAUGUCUGGCGUAUGAGCGCAAUGGAGAGAUCCUCGCCACCGGGAGCCUGGACAGAACCGUCUUCUUCUUUGCUGUUGGUGACACCUAUGAGCCCAUUGGAUUCAUCCAGGUUCCAGGACCGGUUAAGGAAUUGCAUUGGUCUCCUCCAUCACACGAGGAAAACACAUUACUGGUUCUGUGUGAGAAUGGAUUCGCUGUAGAGAUUCCGGUCCCGGCGGCUGAAAAAAACAACACGGUUUCUACCUACGAGAUCUCCAAUCUGCCUCUCCGCUACUUCCGAUUUAGUAGCAUCAGGUCAAAGAUUGAGAGAGAGGAGCAGCUGGCCCAGAUACAGAAGAACAGAGAACAGAAGUUGAAGGAGCACCAGGCUUGGGUGCAGAAACAGAAGGAACGAGGAGUGGAACUGACUGAGGAGGAGUUACAGGAGCCGUAUGAUGAUGAAGAAGAGAAACUUCCAGAACUUUAUGUCCCUAAAGAGCCCAGCCCCAUCCUGUGCGGCUUCUAUGCCUCCCCUGGGAAGUUCUGGCUCUCCAUGGAUGGAUAUGACUCUGGGUUCCUCUAUCUUUGUGAGUUCUCCCAAAAGUGAA